CCCGAGCUCUACGACUCUCGAUUCAUAUCUCGGCCAGAGAGGCUUUGGACACAGAGUUACAGACGCUCUUCUACAAAGAUAGUUAAAUCAAGUCUCGUGCCCCGCAUUGGCAUUCAUAGUGGAGGCAGUAUCGCCAGGAUGGAUCUGAGAUAGACUUCAGUUCUGUUCCGAAUAUAUGUGCGAUGGGACAUGGGUCUGGGGAUUUGUUUUAGCAUUGGUUUCUUGUCUAUUAGCUUUCAAGUCGCAAGCAAAAGGUCUACAUGAACAAUUUCACAGGGACAUUACAAUAUCUACCCUUGCAAUGAAAUCUGCCAUGCUAUCCUCACUCAUCGAAUUCAGUUUGCAUUGUCUAUGCAGAUAUUCUCCCCCGGACCGUGUACUCGGGGGAUUUCUAGCAUCAUGCAACUCGUCGAUAGACUCGAGCGAUGCAGUAUUUGCAAACAAUAGGGGAACACACUUAGCACCAUACAGGAGACACAUUGCUCGAUGCAAUAGAGCUGUUGCGCAUUUGCCUUUGUUCUCAUCCUUCGUUUCGGUCAUUCUGUCUCUAGAUUGGCUGCCCGCUAUUAGCAACGUUCUUAUCCAUAGGCAAUGAUAACCUGCCCGGGUCGUGUAUCAACAGGUGAUGAGGCUUCGCAACUCUGGUGUGUUGUGCGUGAUGGGCUGUGGAACCCACGGUUUAUCGAGUGAUUGUCAGUUUGCUGCGAAC